AACUUCAGAGGAUCACAAACUGUCACCACCCUGACCAUUAACCAAUCAUAUCACUGGAUAAAAAUGAGUCAUCAUUUCUACGGGAUCCCGACAUGGACGAAAGCUCCGCCCCAACAGGAAGUACACAUAUAAACUCAGCAGUGCUUUCACUUUGAGCUGGGUGCAUGGAAGACAGACGACAGACAAUACUGAGGGCUUUCCCCAACUUUAGCUUUCAAGGUGCUGGGCUCAAAAAUGGCAAAUACAGAGAAAACCCACUUUGAGGAAAUGCUGACAUGUCCAGUGUGUCAGGACAUCUUCAAGGAUCCUCGGCAGCUGCCAUGUGGACACAGCCUGUGUAUGGACUGUCUGGAGGGCAUGGUGGGUCACACCUCAGACCUUCCCUUCCGAUGCCCCGACUGCAGGGGAUAUUUUGGACAGGUCGUAGGGGUACAGAAGAGCUACGCACUGGCCAGCAUCGCUGAGGACUUCAGGCUGAACAGGAGGAGGAGGGAAGAGCACACAAAAAAUGUGUACUGUGACUGCUGCCCAGAGAAAACAACACUGGCUAUGAAAACUUGUCUCAAGUGUGAGUUGUCGCUGUGCGAAGAGCACGUCAAGGACCACCUGAGGCUGCCGGUGUUCACGGGACACCCCCUGGUCACACCCCUGGGUGACCUCCAGGAGAGGAAAUGCCCGCAGCAUGAGGACGAGGUGCUCAGGUAUUACUGCAACAUGUCCAGACGCUACAUCUGCAACAUGUGCGCCCUGGAGAGCAAGCAGCUCAACCUGGCUACUGAGACCUCCACUGCCCUGCGGAGACAACUGACUAAGUACAUGGACGAGCACUUUAACACGCUCAAGGAGCAACUUACGGAAUCCACAGACUCUGUCAAAAAACUGCAAAAAGAAAUCCAACAAGAAAAGCAGAAAGUGAACCCAGUCGACUCGACCCUCAACAGCGUCACAGUGGUGCUGCUCUGUCUGUGGUUUAUCGUUCUGUAUUAUGCCUACAACUACUCUGUGGAAAACCAGACGCUAACAGAAGCGUUGAACAAGCAGCAGAGCCGUAUGCAUCACAUCUAUUCUACCAUAGCAGAACUCUUGGUUGAUCAUCCAAUGAAGAGCCUCAAUCCAGUAGAGACAGAAGAUGAAGUAACUCUCACGCUGGACCUGGACACUGCCAGUCCCUUCCUCGGAGUCUCCGCUGACCUCCUGACAGUAGAGAGAGUGGAAGCCAAGCGGGGCUUCCCCAGCACGAGCAGCCGCUUUGAUGUAGCCCCACAGGUCCUUUCCACCCAGUGCUUCUCCACCGGUACCCAUAGGUGGGAAGUGGAGGCUGAGGGAUACUGGGACAUCGCUGUGUCCUACAAGAGCAUCAAACGCAAGAGCAAAGGCAGCAGCGCCUUCGGAAACAACCCCGAGUCCUGGAGCCUGACGCACACUGGCAAAGGCAAGCUGUUUGCAUACCACAACAAUAGAAAAUACACUCUCUCUACAACCUUGCAGAGCAACCGGAUAGCGGUGAUGUUUAACUUUGAGAAAGGCAACAUCACAUUCAGUGCCGUGGGCUCUACCGUCACCACAAAGCUGCACGAGUUCAAGGCUGAAUUGACUGAACCGCUGUGCCUGGGUUUGGGGCUUUACCGUGUGGAUCCACCCAGCAGAAUCUCUAUUAUCAAAGCUUCAUGAAUAAUCCUUCAGACUGUCACAAUAUUCUGCUAACGCUGGAUCCAGACUGCCUUUACUCCAGUGGUGAUCAACAAGAACUAAUGUUAAUUUGCACUGAAAGUGGAGGUGAGAGUAGCCCAAAGCCAAAAAGUGGAACAUUUGCCUCAGGUAUAUUUUUAUGUUGUGUGUGUGUGUGUGUGUGUGUGUGUGUGUGUGUGUGUGUGUGAUUAACUGAUUUGUCUUUGAUGGUAGAUCUUUAUUUCAGGUUAAAUGUGAAUUAUGUUACAUGUACAUAAUGUGAAAUUUGUAUUUUCUACAUAGCAUUUACCAGCUUGUCAGCUUUCUUGUUGGCUUUUUAAAAAAAAUAUGAUUGUCAUUACAGUAAUCUACUGCUGUAAUCAUAAAGAAAUCUGCACAUAAGAGUCUUAACUCUUUGACUUUG